UUUCACGCGAGAUUGACUCGUUUUUGUGCGCACUCGUUAGAAUUUUUCAUUUGAAAACAAAAAUUAUUGAAAACAUUAAAUGAUUGUUUUUAAAUUUUAAACGAUCUAAAAUAAAAACCAACAUUAGAAAACAUACGAAUAAACGCAAUAAGAGGUUAAAAGCGACGGAAUUUUGAAGUGAUUUAGAAAAUAAAAAAAUUAAUUUAAAAAUAUUUUGUAACCGAAAACCUGUGGAUAUUUUGGUUACAAAACGAAUAUAAAUUCAUCCGUUUAAUAUAUAUAAAAUAAAAUAUGUGCCAAUUUAAUUAAUAAAAACAUGUAUUUUAAUUAGCUAUAAUCAAACAUAAAUCAAACAACAGUGAAAACAAAAUAAUCAAAAUUUUUGAACAACCAAAAAAAAGUGAUAAGAAUUGAUAAAAAUUAUAAAAAAAAUUAAAUAAGCAAUAUCAAAUUUUGGAAUUACUUUAAACAAAAAGUGUUUUCGUGUAUACUGUGAUCAAGAAAAAAAGGAAAAAUAAUAACCAGUAACCGGUUAUUAAACGAAAUAUCCGGUAUAGUAACGCAAAAAUGAUGGACAUUAGCAGCAUGUACGGUAAUCAUCAUCCUCAUCACUCUAAUACUUAUCACACUGGAGCCUCUGGUGUGCCAGACAUGACCACUGUUGCUGCUGCCAAUGCGUAUCCCAAUGCAUAUUUUCCAAACUCAUCGGUCAUGACACAUGGGGCUUUACAUCAUCAACAAAAUCAUCUAAAUAGUGGAUAUACCGCUUAUGAUGGAUCAUCGCCAAACUACUAUCAACAACAGCAACAACAGCCCCAACAACUAACACCACCUCCCAGUCAACCAUCGGUCCAGGGACAGCCGUUAUACUCCCAUUCUCAUUCACAUUUGUUUAGUCCUACCGCAGCCGAAUAUGGAAUUACCACUUCCAAUACCUUGGCCGCAGCUACACCUUCACAUCCCUCCAAUACCAGUCACUCGCCCAGCGAAGCAGUUUACUAUGAAAGUGACACAGUACAUGCUUAUUAUGCUACUGCUGCUGUAGCCACAGUCCCACCAGCCACUAAUAGUUCUCCCGUUAAUGCGGCCAAUGCUGCUCAAAGUGUUCCUAUGGAUCCAGCCAUAAUUAGUUCGGAAAAUGGUUUAAGCUACACCAACCUAGAUUGUUUGUACAAUCAAAACUCUCCUCAUCAUCAACAUUCCAAUCCAAGCAACUACCUGCCAGCUGAAGAAAAAUACGCUUCAGUUUUACAUUCACAAUACAACAUGGAUGACACACUAAUGCAUUUGACUGCCAGUGCAAAUAAUACACAAAAUCAACAGCACUCUCCGCAAUUAUGGCCUCAUCAACAUCAUAUGAACGCUACAUAUGCCAACACAUUGGACUCCAGCAGUUUACCAAUGGAUUCAUAUAAUAUGAAUCCCCACUUACACCCUCACAAUAUGCCCCAACAUUUACCAGCCCACAGUCAAGGAAAUCCACCUAUGGUUGGCCCACAGCAGUCAUUGCCACAACAUCAUUCACCACCUAACAUGACGUGUGUCAAUCAAAAUUCACGAUCACAAAAUGUAGUAUCACCUGGUGGCACAACCACCACUUCCACGCCAUCUACAUCAUCAGUGACCAGUACGUCGGGCUCAAAUGGUGGUGGUUCCAAUAAUAAUAAUAACACGCAAACCAAAUCUCCAAGUCAUGGCAAUAACUUGCCCACAUACAAAUGGAUGCAAUUAAAAAGAAAUGUACCAAAACCACAAGCACCAAAACUACCUGCCACUUUGCAUGAUUAUCAUCAUCUGAAUGGUCAAGCCACAUUGGAUGCAAUGUGUCGCAAUGCUUCAACAGCUGGCGGCGUAUUGGCGGCCCAUCAAAUGGGUGGACAAGGUACCCCAACAGUUUUACUUUCGGGCAGUCAUAGUCCCAGCAGUAUGGUACAAAUGUCUUGCGGUUUAGCGGCUACCAAUAAUUCUGGACGUACUAAUUUUACCAAUAAACAAUUAACCGAAUUGGAAAAGGAAUUUCAUUUCAAUCGCUAUUUGACACGAGCCAGACGCAUAGAAAUUGCCAAUACUUUGCAACUGAAUGAAACGCAGGUUAAAAUUUGGUUUCAAAAUCGUCGCAUGAAACAAAAGAAACGCGUUAAAGAGGGUCUUAUACCAGCCGAUAUUUUAACUCAGCACACUGUUUCCACCACAACAACCAACUCACCUCCUGCUAUUAACUCCACCACUUCACCAGCUGCCAACCAGCAAAAUAAUGUCAAAAAUCUGGCUACUUCUAAAUGUACAAACACCAACAGCAAUAGUAAUAAUGUUAAUAACAGCAGCUGUAAGUCAACAUCAACCCCUACAUUAACUGAAUGUCAGUUGGCAAUGCAGCACAACAGUGAUAACAGUCGAGAGUCAAUGUAAAAAGUACACAAUAAAUUAUAUCAAAGGGCUGCAAAUAUUCUUCGACAAGGAAUUUAUAUAUGAGAUUAUUUUGAUGCAUAAAUAAAUGGAUGUCAACGAAGGUCUAGUACUUUAUACAUAUACCAUCAAAUUAAUGUGUACUGAUUUUGUAUUCUUAAAAAAAAUUUUCUAUGUAAAGAUUGUUACGUCAAAAGAAAAGUUUUAUAAAAUACUCUUCAUUAAUCUGAAAUCUUUCCAAUUGAAAGACAUGAGUUUAAUGAGAAAUCUAAAAACAUAUUAUCCGUAUGAUUUUGAAUGGUAUGCUUCAAAUCGUACUUCCUUACGGUUAGAAAAACAUUGUCGUUUCUAGGCAGAUUGCAAAACCAAUCGGUGCAGACGGUACACAUUUCAAUAUCUCAUAUUUUGGUGGUAGUUGUAUAAGAUCGAAAUUUCAAGAAAUGUUUCAAUCCGAAAUUUUUUGUAGUUCUGUAUAAUAAAACAAAUUAAAUAGUAAGUUAUCUCUCUAAAUUGCCAAAUGACAAAUGAAAUUAAAUUUUAACAAAAUACAACAAUUUGCUCAUUUGGCUGUGAUAAAAAAUUAACAAACUACAUUUUAAUAAAAAAUCUUAAAUCAAAAAACAAACUUAAUAUCAAAUCAAUCAAUAUGUACAUAAAUU